CUAGGAGCAAAGGGGGAGGCGUUUGGGAGGGAGUCGGAGCAAGGCCUCGGGAAGAAGAAGAAGAAGAAGGGAGGAAAGGGAAGGAGGAGAGGAAAGCCCGCUCUCGCUCUCUCUCUCUCUGGCUGGGGCCAUGGCCGAGAAAAGGCGAGCCUCGCCUUGCACCAUGCUGAGCCUCAAGGCGCACGCCUUCUCCGUGGAGGCGCUCAUCGGGGCCGAGAAGCAGCAGCAGCAGCAGCAGCAAAAGCGGCGGAAGCUGGCCUCCGGGGCUGAGGAGGCGAUGAUGGCUGCCGAGGGGGCGCCCGGCCUCUGCUCCGAGAGGCCUCCGGGCGGAGAAGGGGGCGCCGAAGGGGACGCCGGCGGAGGAGGAGGAGCGGGCACCGCCGAGCCUCCCGGCAGCUGCGAGGAGGGCUUCCUGAGCGGGCCUGCCACGCCGCCGCCUCCUCCUCCUCCCGUGGGCUGCCCGCCCAAGGCCGCGGCCUCCCGCCCGGCCUCCCCGCUCCUGUCCCCGCAGGCGCCGCGCGUGGACCUCCAGGGCGCCGAGCUUUGGAAGCGCUUCCACGAGAUUGGCACCGAGAUGAUCAUCACCAAGGCCGGCAGACGGAUGUUUCCUGCAAUGAGAGUGAAAAUUUCAGGCUUGGACCCCCAUCAGCAGUAUUACAUUGCCAUGGAUAUUGUCCCUGUGGACAAUAAAAGAUACAGGUAUGUUUAUCACAGCUCCAAAUGGAUGGUGGCUGGCAAUGCUGACUCACCUGUACCUCCCCGGGUAUAUAUUCAUCCAGAUUCACCUGCUUCAGGAGAGACUUGGAUGAGACAAGUGAUUAGCUUUGACAAACUGAAACUUACAAACAAUGAACUGGAUGACCAGGGCCAUAUUAUUCUCCAUUCUAUGCACAAAUACCAACCACGUGUCCAUGUCAUUCGGAAAGACUGUGGGGAUGAUCUCUCUCCUGUCAAGCCCGUUCCUUCAGGAGAAGGAGUGAAGGCUUUCUCCUUUCCGGAAACUGUUUUUACAACUGUAACAGCGUACCAGAACCAACAGAUCACCCGACUCAAGAUUGACAGGAAUCCAUUUGCCAAAGGAUUUCGAGAUUCGGGACGCAAUAGGAUGGGAUUGGAAGCUUUGGUAGAAUCUUACGCAUUCUGGAGACCUUCACUGAGGACACUAACAUUUGAAGAUAUACCUGGGAUUGCGAAACAAGGAAAUGCUGGGUCUUCCACUUUACUCCAGGGGUCUGGAAAUGGAGUGCCAACAACUCAUUCCCACAUCCUCCCUGGAUCUCCUUGCUCUUCUCCAGCCUUUCACCUUCCUCCCAACACCAGCCAGCUCUGUAGCCUCACCCCAGCUGACUACACAGCCUGCGCUCGCUCAGGUCUAGCCCUUAACAGAUACAGCACUUCCUUGGCUGAAACAUACAACAGGCUUACAAACCAAACCAACGAGACCUUCGCAACUCCAAGGACUCCCUCAUACGUUGGCGUGUCAAGUGGUUCAGCAGUGAAUAUGCCUGUGGCAGGCAGUGAUGGUGAUGGAUUCGGCUGUUCCCAGGCAGGCUUAUCGAUGCAGAUUUCAGGGAUGUCUCCCCAGCUCCAGUAUAUUAUGCCUUCCCCGUCUAGCAACGCCUUUGCUACAAAUCAAACCCACCAGAACUCCUACAACACAUUCAGGUUGCACAGCCCUUGUGCUCUCUAUGGAUACAACUUCUCCACAUCCCCCAAACUGGCUGCCAGUCCUGAGAAAAUUGUUUCUUCCCAAGGAAGUUUCUUGGGGUCGUCGCCAAGUGGAACCAUGACCGAUCGGCAGAUGUUGCCCCCUGUAGAAGGAGUGCACUUACUUAGCAACGGGGGGCAGCAGAAUUUCUUUGACUCUAGGACCCUAGGAAGCCUCUCGCUGUCAUCAUCUCAAGUAUCUGCACAUAUGGUUUGAUAAAACCUUUUUAAAAUAAAAAAAAGUGUGGGUUCCUACAAUGUACUCCUUUGGGGGAUAAUGCUAAACAGGAUUGCUGUACCUUUUAAGGUGUUUAUGGAAGUAGUUGUUAUUUUUUUAAAUUUAAUCACCAGAUGAAGUGGGAAUGAAUUUAUUAAGUUACCUAUGGUUAAAUAUUUGGAUAUGCUUUUAUCUUCUGGGUAAAGCCACAUUUGUUUGCAGAGCUGCCCAUUUAGUCUCCUGGUAGUGUACAAUUCAUUUUAUAACAUGUUUGGCCAUAUGCAACAAAUUAAGCAGGACUUCCUCUAGCAUUCUUUUCUCCACAUCUUUCCCUCUUUAAAGAGAAAAAAAACAACACUCAGGUCUGAUUUAGAUGAAACAAAAGGAAAAUAGAUUUAAAUAUAUAGGAAUACAUCCUUUAAUAAUAACUUCCUAAAGUGUUCUUACUACAAUGAGCUGAUGUCAUCAUGCAUGCAUUUCUUCUCUGUUGUAAGAGAGAUAAUAAACACUUGCGCUUCCAUUAGGCUUAGUUCAGACAUGUAGCUGUGAUUUUCCUUCUCAAGCCUUUGUCAUAUAUCUGGCUUUUGAGAGCCUUGUCUUUGCUAUUAUGAUAUAUUGUGAGCAUAGGAAUGCCUACUAGCAAACUACAGAUGCAAUUGUAAGAAUCUAAAUUAAGCAGUGCAGAGGGCAAGAUGGCUAACUUCUCUGUACAGAAUGAAUUUGAAGUGAGCUUGCUCCAUUUGAAGAGAGUAUAAACUAUUUUCUAUAGAGAUUUUAUAUUUUAAAAUAUUAUAUAUAUUUUCAAAAAACAUUUGAACUGCCUUUUCAAAGGCAGCAUCCUGUUUCCAAAUUUAGGGGAAUAUUAGCAUCUGGUAUUGGAGUGGCAGUCAUCGUAAAAAACCUAGAUAUGCCUCACUAGGUGUACAGAAGUGACAUAUCUGCAUUGGAAUAAAAUAGACUGUGUUUGCAAAUCCACUUGAUUUUAUAGCUGGUUUUCAUUCUAGCAUGUAUUGUUUGGGCCAUAGAGUGUAAGAAAAAAGAAAUCCCCACAAUCACAAAUACAGAACUUCUACACAAAAUAGUGGAUAGUGGCUUUAAAACGAAUCAUAGGAAUCAUCUGUAUAAACAUAUACAAAUAUUCAAGCUUUCAUUUUAGUAAUCUGUUGCCUAAAUGCAACAGUGAACUGAGAUCAGAGCAUUAUUUGUCAGGUUAAGAUCACAAAUGCACUAUCUGGCUAGUUCUACAGAUAUAUCAACAUUUUAGAUUAGCCAGAGCUAUCAGAUAUCUAAUAAUUUCUGACAUAUACUUCUUAUUUUUCUUAUCCUAGUUUUCAGAAUUUGGGCUUCAUUUUUUAAGGUGUUUAAAUGCCAAAUGUAAACUUUUUGCCCACACUCCAAUUUGUGAUCUGGAAAGUCCUGCAUAAACAAGCAGUAUUUCCCCACAUGUGUGAGAAUUGUCUCUGAUUUUCUCUUUCAAAAGUAUUCUCUGACAUCACUUUGAUUUCCACUCAGGAGGGCACACCGACUUUCAAGAGUGGGAUGUUUGCUUUUUUCUAGUGGCUAUUUUUGGAAGGCGAUAAUGGGAGUGAAGGGGAAAUGUGCAACACUGCACACAUGGUCCUUGGGCUCUCUGUCAAUAUUGGGUGUCCCUUUGAAACCAUUUAAAAUUAGGUCUAAGCACAAUUACAUACUACUCUUUUGUGAAGGAUAUUUAUUGUACUGGCUGCAUGGCUAUAAUUCCUGAUGCUUUGGGAAAAGAUUGCCAAGUGUAUCAACACUAGAAUUAAUGCAGUUUGACACCACUUUAAGGGCCAUGAAAUUAUGGAAGUUGUAGUUGAUGAGGCACUAGCAGAGAAGGCUAAAGAUCUUGCAAGUAAGAAGGAAGAAGCAGUAAUAAUAUAUGAGAGGGUUAAAAGUAAUACAUAUGUGGGCCAAUCUGUUCAGUCCCCAAAUUCCAUGUAUGAAAUUGGUCAAAUAAUAAUAAUAAUAACAACAACUUUGUUUUUUACCCUGCCUCCAUCUCCUUGGAGGGACUCGAGGUAGCUUACAUGGGGACGAGCCCAAACAAACAUAGUUAAAAUACAACACACUAAAAUACAAAAAUAACAACAUAUAACAGCAUAAAACAACAUUAUAACAAUAUAUGAGCAACCAUCAAACCAACAACCCAUGAACUUACAAUAAUAAUAGGCUUACCUUCGAAUACUCUGAGUUAACACUGACAUAAAAUAACAUUUUAUUUGUGGUUCUGACUCUUCGUACUGCAACCAUAUUAUUCCAGGACCUUUCCACGCAGCCCUAUAUCCCAGAAUAUCAAGGCAGAAAAUCCCACAUUAUCUGAGUCAGGACUCAGAUAACCCAGUUCAAAGCAUAUAUUGUGGGAUUUUCUGCCUUGAUAUUCUGGGAUACAGAGCUGUGUGGAAGGGCCCCCAGUGUGACUUCCCCAAAGAAACAACUGUUCUUAUAAAACAUGUGAUCUAAAAGGAAGGUUUGUGCCAAAGACAAAAAGCAAACAUGGCAACCCAAAGUCAAGUUAUUUUUUCCCCCUUCAGUUAAAGAUUUCUCCAAUAGUAAUAUAUUGAGGGGGACCUCAUGCACUUUGAGGGCUUUAUUUCAUAAAAAGUAUUGGAUAGUAGCCAAUUGUUAAAUCCACCAAAAGGAUACUCAAUAAAAUUUGCACAAUAUUAAGAGCAUAUGAAAUAUUGCUGUAAUGAAAAUUUUAUUCAGUUACAUAUCAUGCAAUAGUUAGUUCAAUGUGUGUAAUUAAAUAAGCUUUAAGUUGUAUGUUACCAUCUAAAGGGGGAUUUGAUAAGGAAAGACCCAUUGAUGAGGCAAAGCUCUUGGUGUUUUACAGGACAAAAUCCAUCACAACAGAACCUGCAGGAUGAGUGUGAACAGGCUAUAAAGAUACCUUCAGUGUAAUUUCAUCUAGAAAUCCAUUAUCCUACUUUCUUGCAAUAAUUUCUUUGAUAUUAUAAAGCCACCAUAUUGUAGUUUUCACAGCUUUUUCCUAAAAUGCAGUUUCUGUUGUACAUAGUCAACCGCGUGUGAUUACAAAGUCCAGCUUUUCGUGGAAUAUAAUGAAUGCCAAAUAAGCAGUAUAUCUAUAAUUAUAUAUAGCUGUAUUUUGUUUUUUUUAAACACAGAAAUGAUAUUAAAGUGUGUAUCUAAAAACACUUUUUAUUAAAUUUUGAAAAUAAAAAAAUGCUUCAAAAAACAACAAAAUCCACAGCACCCCUUUCAGAAAAGUGUCAUAAAUCAUGUUUACCUCUUUCUCUUUUUCCUCAAGAGACUCUCACUAAGUGAUAGACCUGCCUGUGGCUUUAUUUUUCUUAUAAGGCAGAAGUUACAUUUUAAUUGAGAAAUGAGGAGCUGCAUGCCAUUGGGUUGCAACUUUUAGCAUCCCCUCUGUCUACCCUAAUGAUCCUGUGGUCAUACAAGUUGGAGUCUGGCAACAUUAUUUUCUCCAGUCAUCUUAUAUGCUCAAGAGAGGUUUUCUCCUGGAACUAUCACUCUUUUCAUUCUUUUCUUCAGCAUAAUCUGAAACAAGGAAGCCUCCAAGAACAGCUUACAAUGGUAUGUGACAAAUGAAAGCCAUCAGAAACAUACCAGAACUAUGGUUCUUUAGACCUGGAUGGGUAGUGGAAAACACAUAAAGAUACUCAACAAACCAUUGAGGAAAAUGUGAAGAUCUAUAUCUGGUUUCAAUAUGUUACUAAAAUUAGUGUAUAAAUGCAACCAGCUGCAUCUUAGUAAAAUGGUGAAGGGGAGGGGAAAAAUACAAUCCCAGGAAUAGGGAAAAUAGCUCGGAUGUAAGGACUGUUUUUUUUUUCAAAAAUUGUUAGAAAAAAGCCUACUUUUUAGUCUAUUUGUUUCCAGUGCCUAAAAUCUCUGGUGUUAACAGAUAAGGAAAUAAGUACCACUUGAAUGUCAUUUGUAGGCAAUAACAUCUGCAGCCCAGGGAGAGCUGGAAAGGUAUGAAAAGCAUGCGGCUUUCCUUACAUGUUUAAAUUUAAACCUGUUUCUAUCUGUCCCUCUCUGUCAUUUGAAGGUGAAGGUCGUGAUGAAUUUUGAGCACAUGAAGAGCCGAAUGCUGACAGCUAACCAGCCAGGUUUUUAUUUUGGAACAGGAAUGAGUGACUUGCGGAGCUGAACUAACCCCUGACAGGCCACUGCUAUUUGCCACAUGUCUGAAUUCAUUCCAAAAGAUGUGAUGAUGAGAUGAGAGCCAUUUAUCAGCUACAUCUAGAAAAUUAACACUUAGUGUGUGCACAUUUCACUUGGCCUUGAGCCUUUCCCAGAGUUUUUCCUGGAAGUGUGUGGUCCCCAUCACCACCAAUAAUUUGUAUGGCAAGAAUGUAUUGAUUCCUAGCAAAUGGAGAAACUACUAAACAGCAUAAUGGUGGGCAGCACUAUAUGGUUGCUCCCAGUAUAACAUGGAACAGCCAGAGUCUAGAAAAUUACAGGCCACGCUGUCUUAGGAAUUCUUGGUCCAAAACCUGACUUAUCAAGUCUGGGCCCUAUGGGGCUAUGCUUCAAGCCUUCAUGUUUGUACAGAAAAUCUUCAGUAAGCAUUUUGAGAAAAGAGAAACUUUGAAGGGAAGUUGGCAAAUUGCAUUUUACAGAUUUAUUUAGCUCUGGUGUGCUGUGGGAUUUGGAAGGGAGGGAGUUCCUUUUAAAAUCAUCAUUUUGGUGCAGAAUUACUGAAAUUCUAAAUCUCACCUCCAUUAAUUUAGUGAGAAUCAAGAAAAUAAAACCUGUCCAUGGUUUUUUCCACUAGAAAUUCUCAUUUGUGAGCACCCCUUCAGAGAAGGAUUAACCAUUUACUAAUCCAAACAGUGAGAACCAGAAUGGUUGCGUAUUGGAUGAAGAGCUGGGUUCAAAUCCUUGCUUGACCACGGAAACGACUAGGGGACCUUGGGCAAGACACAAAUUCAAAGAAAGGUAAAUGGAUCCUUCUCAGAACAAUUCUGGCCAGAAAACCUGUUGACAGGCUCAGCCUUCAAGUUGUCAAAGGUCAGAAAUGACUUGAAGGUAAACAACAAUAAACAUUAUAGUCUAAAUACCUUGAAGGCACCAGAUCUUAUCUGAUUUUGGAAGCUAAGCCAAGAUAGAGUUAGUGCUUGGAUGAGGCACAUUAGAUGUUGGACACUUAACAUGAAGGCAAUGGCAAUCUACCUCUAUAUGAAACGAGGUCUCUGUAAAUCAACAGGUGAUUUAAAGGAACACACUCAUAAUACACAAUAAUUGCUAGUAGUAGUUAUAUCUUCUAGAUGUAAUUCAAUAUUCCUCUGGGUGUUGUAGGCAUUACUUGAGCAUUACUUGAAUUAAAAGGCGACCACUGCAAUUUACAAAGAUUCUUAUAUGGAAAGCGGGGGGCUAUUGGAAGCAAGGAUACAGAAAAAUAGUAUCUCUGUUUUGGGUAUGUCUUUCUUAUCUGGGCCACCAUCUCAACUUUCCUUGUUCAUCAAUCAAGAUAGUCCUGCAGAUUCUGCACCAAACCCUCCUAGAAAACCACAGCUUCUAUGUGGCAUUUCAAGGGAGGAAAAGUAGAUGGAGGAGGCAAAGAAAUGGGAAGUCUGACUUGGCCACGGUAGUCCACGCUCUGGUUACAUCCCGCUUAGACUACUGCAAUGCUCUCUACGUGGGGUUGCCCUUGAAGACUGCUCGGAAGCUUCAAAUGGUCCAACGUUCGGCAGCCAGGUUGCUAACAGGAGCGGCACUCAGGGAGCACACCACUCCUCUGCUGCGCCAGCUCCACUGGCUGCCAAUUUGCUACCGGGCACAAUUCAAGGUGCUGGCUUUAGCCUAUAAAGCCCUAAACGGUUCUGGCCCUACUUACCUCUCCGAACGCAUCUCCUCCUAUGAACCGACUAGGACAUUAAGAUCGUCUGGGGAGGCCCUGCUCUCGGUCCCGCCCGCAUCGCAGGCGCGGUUGGCGGGGACGAGAGACAGGGCCUUCUCGGUGGUGGCCCCUCGGCUGUGGAAUGCCCUACCUGUGGACAUCAGACAGGCCCCUUCACUGCUGGCAUUCCGGAGGAAGGUCAAGACUUGGCUUUACGAACAAGCGUUUGGCUAAAUAGUGCAACGAAAUACAGUAAGAUGGUACAACUGAACAUAGGAAUUGGUAUAAAGGAUUAUGAUUGCGGAUUCUGAUUCUGAUUUGUUUGCUGAGGCGCACGUUUAUGAUAAUGAUUGUUUUUGAAUUGAUAUGUUUGUAUAAUGUGUUUUAAUUGCCUUUUGAUGUUGUUGUGUUGAUCUUUACUGUGUAAACCGCCUUGAGUCACCAUUCGGCUGAGAAAGGCGGUAUAGAAGUAAAGCAAAUAAAUAAUUAAUAAAUAAAUUUA